GCGUCCAAAAACUCCGAAAAUAAGAAAUAAUUUUCUCCUUGAUCGUAUCACCAUGGCAAGGGGGCAAGCUGGCGGUACGCAGUCAAGCUCUCAUAGAGAAAUGAAGGUGUUCUUGCGCAACCGAAUGUGGCGGGAGCACUGGUACGUGUUUGUAUCCGUCGUCGUGAUCGUGGUUGCGCUCUUCGGCUCGGCUUUCCUGCAGUUCUCGACGUCACAGGACCACGUCUUUCGGCUGGAGGUGACGGACUCGGUGCUAAUGAAGCGCGUGUUCCACUCCGGGGAGCCCUGGGUGGUGUUAUGCUCCGGUGCAGACGACGUGUUGCCCGAGGUUUUCGACAAGGUGUCGCCGCGUCUGGCGGGCAAGAGCUUUGUGGGCGUGUUGGACUGCAAGCAGAAAUUGCCAGCAUCGGGCAAAUCGGUGCUCAAGCGCUACGGAAUUAAGAGCAGCAUCUCACCCACAGUAUUUACUGUAGCGAACGGGGAGAAGCCCAAACAGGUUUUCCUUAACUACUUACAGUCGUCUGCGGAGCUGGCUAAACAUGUCAAGGCACGGACCAGGAAGACCAUGCAGCAGGUGCAGAACUCAGCACAGCUGGAGGCUCGGUGUCUGUCCCGGUCCAGUUGUGUACUGCUCCUUCGUGGUCAACGAUUCCAACCCUACGAGAAGCAGUGGAUUGAUGAGCUCAUGCGCAAACAUCGCACGCUGAGCUUCGCCUGGAUCGAUGCGACGAGCUUGAAGUUGUCGCUCGAAAAUAUGCUGCCUGAUGUUCGACGCGGAGAGCACCGUAUGGUGCGCUUUCGGCGCCAGCGCGAUCCUGAUACGCGCAAGAAGGUGCUGGCAGCCAAGGCGUUCCGUGGUGACGCCUUCAAUGCUGUCUCUGUAGGAACGUUCGUAGAUCAGUAUGCUGAUGCAGACUCGCUAAAACCACUGGCAAAGUCUCCUAAAAUUUUGCGUCGAAAGAAGAAGAGUCAAGCUUCUAAGCCAGAAAGGUCGGAGCGUAGGCAUCACAAGAAGCAAGACACUGAGGAGAAAGACGACUUCCCACAGCAUGUGGAGCCUGACGAAGGGUCAGUUGAUGACGUGGAAGAGGAGGAGGACGUGCUGGAUCUCGAUGAUGACACUGACGAAUAA